UUUGUAAAUAUUAUUAUACUUAUGUUACCUAACUCGAUGUGUAACAUCAUUACAAAACAAUUAGUCGUUGAUCAAGUUCCGAGUGAUAAACAUGGACUUCAGUGAUGUAUUUAACUCUGAUGUCAGAGUGAAGAAGGAACCAGAUGAUGUUUCCCCAAUUAAAAAUGAAGAUUAUAAGAUAAUUGACAAUGCAUGCGAUGCUAAAAACGACGAAUUCUCGAGUUAUUGUCGAGAAAAUUUAAUUUAUGGGCUUCGUGAAAAUGAUAAAAAUUCUAGACCUAAUAACGAUUUGGAAAUAGAAUUCGAAUGUAAGGACGAGAAGCUCGGCAUUAACUUAUUAGUUGUCAAGAAAAUCGAGGACGAUUAUCCAGAUCAAUGGCAGCAUAUGAAAAAUAGUUGCGAUUAUCAGACUCAAAAGAAAAUUAAAGAAGAAAUUGUCGACGAAGUAAAAGAGGAAUUGAAUUUGGAUAGUGAACUCAGUGAUGCAUUUGAUGCAAAUGAAAAAACAUUUGCUCAAAAUAGUCAACGCAAAACCCAAACUGACAAAACAUGCAAUCGUACCAAAUAUCCAUGUAAUAUAUGCGGUAAAAAAUUUGCCCGAAAAGAUUAUCUCAAGGUCCACAUCGAUACAGUACAUAAUGGUGUUAAACAUGCGUGUGGUGUAUGUGGAAAGUCUUUCACACAAAAACGUUAUCUCCAAAUUCACAUCGAUGCGCUGCAUAAUGGUAUGGCCCCUACUUGCGAACUAUGCGGAAAGAAAUUUCAAACGAAGGAUAAACUCAAGAUCCAUAUCGAUGGAGUACAUAAUGGUGUUAAACAUGCGUGUGGUGUAUGUGGAAAGUCUUUCACACAAAAACGUUAUCUCAAAAUUCACAUCGAUGCAAUGCAUAAUGGUAUGGCCCCUACUUGCGAACUAUGCGGAAAGAAAUUUCAAACGAAGAAUAAACUCAAGAUCCAUAUCGAUGGAGUACAUAAUGGUGUUAAACAUGCGUGUGGUGUAUGUGGAAAGUCUUUCACACAAAAACGUUAUCUCAAAAUUCACAUCGAUGCGAUGCAUAAUGGUGUUAAACAUGCGUGUAGUAUAUGUGGAACGACAUUCACACAAAAAUGUUAUCUCAAGAUUCACAUCGAUGGAGUACAUAGUGGUGUUAAACAUGAGUGUGGUAUUUGUGGAAAAUUAUUCACAAAAAAAGGAUGUCUCAAGGUCCACAUCGAUGCGAUUCAUAAUGGUAUGGCACCUACUUGCGAAAUUUGCGGAAAGAAAUUUCAAACGAAGAAUAAACUGAAGGUCCACACCGAUGGAGUACAUAAUGGUGUUAAACAUGCGUGUAGAAUAUGUGGAAAGACAUUCACACAAAAAUGUUAUCUCAAGAUUCACAUUGAUGCGAUGCAUAAAGGUGUGGCACAUACUUGCGAAGUGUGCGGAAAGAUAUUCACACUAAAGGGUAAUCUUAAAAAACACAUGAAUUUAAUGCAUAAGACACAAUAAGAUAUUGUAAUAAGUGCGGCAAGACAUUUUCUCAAAAGGAUCGUCUUAUGACUCACAUUAAAACGCAGCACGAAGACAUUGAUCACGAUUGUGUUUUAUGCGGAAAAAAAUUUAAACAUAGAAAAUAUUUAUGCAGACACGUCAAAAGUGUGCAUGAAGGUAAUACCCAAGCACGAGAUCAAUACAAAAGAUCUUAAAACGUAUCUAUCAAUACCGCGCAAAAUGAUAAAACAUCGAGACAAAUAAAUAAAUUAACAUAUCAUAAA